AUGAGUGGAAAUAGAAAAAGAAACACCUCGGAACCUCGGGACGACGAUGAAGAUGAUUAUUCGACGAAGCGGAAACGAAAUAAUGAGGCAGUGAAUAGAACAAGACAGAAAAAACGGCAAGAAGAGAACGACACCGCUGAAAAAGUGGACGAGUUGAAGAAAGAAAACGAGGCGUUAGAGCGAAAGGUCGAGCAGUUGCAAAAAGAGCUUUCAUUUCUCAAAGACAUGUUUAUGGCCUAUGCGAACAAAGACGGAAAUAAUGGUCCACCUCCGCCACCUGCUGCUGCAGUCUAA